CGUUUUAGAUUGUGAUGUCUAGGAUUUUAAAUUGAUUCAACUUUCGAAGACCUGUCUCUUUUAAUCAAUGUUUGGAUUUCGUGAGAUCUGGGUCUCAGACAUGGCAAAUGACAAUCGGACAAAUUCGAUCUCUAAAGUUGUUAUGAUAGAUGAUUUCGGGAAACGCUAAGAUUAGAUGGCCAAAUGAUAAACCAUUGUCUUAAGCUGAUAGAUUAUAUUGUGUUAUUUCAUUUGAAGGAAGUUAGCCUGUGACAAGAUGUUACAUUAAAUGGCUUAGAGGUCUGUUUUAUAAGGAAAAGAACUCUAUAUACCUCUUAGUGUCCUUGGGGAUCAUCGUACAAGUGUCCUGACAACAACAAAUUUGUUUUGGAGAUUGACGACAUUUUUCUUUUGAUUCAAGAUAUUUUCGUACACUUAAGGUUUCGGUUGUUAGCAGCUAUACUUCUGGUAAGACGGCUAAAUGUGUCAGUUACAUAUAUCAAGGACAACAACAAACCAGUUUGUUGUAAUGAUGUCAGAUUUCUGUUAAUUAAGAUACUUUCGUAAAAGCACGUUUCUGAGGUUUCAUUUAAGUCUCGGCAGAGCUAUACAUGAUGACAUCAUUCAUUUUUCCCCUUUCAGAAGCCAAAAACAUGUGACAUUCUUUUUCUUAGUUAAUGGAAGAAUUUUUCCACAAACUGUGCAGAAGAAUCAUUUAAGGAACAUUAGUUUUGGAUUUGUAUUUCAAAGAUUUCCACAUCUGCAAAAAACAUCUGAAUUUAUAACAAGCAGACAGUAAUUUGUGUUCGAACAUUUUAAUGGCUGUGUCGUAAUUUUUGGAAACAUAAAAAUAUCAUUGAGGACUUGACGUGGAGAGAAGCCUACCAUGACAUUAUUGUGUCAAGUUUAUUCAUAUAAUAUUUAAUGGUGACAUCUGAAAAUGACCGAACAGAAGGAGUUUUAUGACAUUUGCAUAACCCAGAGGACUAUUUGCUCCAUUUGUGACUAAUGUGAAAGUAAGAUGGGCAAAAGAUUGAAAAAGAAAUGUUCGUCAAAGCGUCGCUUUAUGGACAUGAUUCAACAUUUUUUCCCUCUCCAGGUUUAUAAAGUUGUGGUAAAUGCGGAAGGAAAAUCCUGGUUUAUAUUUAGAAGAUAUAAUGAAUUCCACACCCUGCAUGAAAAGAUAAAGAAAAUUCAUCCGGAAGCAAAUCUAAGAUUACCAGGAAAGAAAAUAUUUGGAAAUCUUGAUCCAGAAUUCAUACAACAGAGACGAGAAGGACUGGACGAUUUUAUACAAAAACUUAUCACAAAUCCAAAAUUAUCACAAAACCCUGAAGUUCGAAGUUUUCUCUCUCUUGAUAACCCACGAAAUGUUCAAGACGAUUUAGACCCAGACCAGUUCUCCGAUACUGAAACCAUGAAUGGAAAGGAUAUUAACCCAGUUAAUCUGGGACCCAGUGAGAAAACAAGUGUACGACCAAGUGAUUUUGAAUUUCUGAAAGUGAUAGGCAAAGGAAGCUUUGGGAAAGUUUUAUUGGCAAGACACAGAAAAGAAUCAAAAGUUUAUGCAGUGAAAGUUUUACAAAAACAAGCGAUUAUGAAACGAAAUGAAGUGAAACAUAUAAUGUCGGAAAGAAACGUUUUAUUAAAGAACGUCAAACAUCCGUUUCUUGUGGGGUUACAUUAUUCCUUUCAAACUAAAGAUAAAUUAUAUUUUGUGUUGGAUUAUGUCAAUGGAGGAGAGUUAUUUUUUCAUUUACAACGGGAGCGAUAUUUUCCAGAACAACGAGCAAAAUUUUAUGCUGCGGAGAUGGCGAGUGCCAUCGGAUAUUUACAUUCUCUAAAUAUUAUAUACAGAGAUCUCAAACCCGAGAAUAUAUUAUUAGAUAGUAAAGGCCAUGUUGUUUUAACAGAUUUUGGUUUAUGUAAAGAAGGUAUAGAAGGCAUGGGAACAACAUCAACAUUCUGUGGAACUCCUGAGUAUCUAGCUCCAGAAGUUUUACGUAAACAGCCGUAUGAUAAAACCGUUGAUUGGUGGUGUCUGGGUGCCGUACUUUACGAAAUGAUGUAUGGAUUGCCUCCAUUUUACAGUCGAGAUACUGCCGAGAUGUAUGAUAAUAUUCUCUAUAAACCCCUUCGUCUUCGCACAAAUGUUUCGGGUGCCGCACGGUCUAUACUUGAAGGGUUAUUACAGAAAGAGAAGGAGAAUCGUCUCGGUGCUAAAAGAGAUUUCUUAGAAAUUCAGGGCCAUGAUUUUUUCAUAGAUUUAAAUUGGGAGGAACUUGAUAAACGGAAGAUACAACCUCCUUAUAAUCCAAAUGUGAGUGGACAACUUGAUCUCAAACAUUUUGAUCCCGAAUUUGUUCGUGAACCAGUUCCAGCUUCUAUUGGUAAAUAUGGAAGCUGUAAGAUGGUGAGCGCUAGUGUCGUGGAGGCAGAUGGUGUUUUCGAAGGGUUCUCUUAUGUUCCUCCAGCAGAAGAUGCAUUUAGUUAGUUGGAUGAUCUUCGUAUAACAACCCAUAAUAAUAGACAAACAAGAGAAGACAACUUACAGCAACAGUAGAUGGUGCCAUUAUUUAAAAUCUGAAAUUAAAAAAAAAUAAUAAUAAUUUGAAUAUUUGUUUAGUGCUCAAGAAUAUUUGAAUGGAUAGACAAGGAGGACAUGUUUGUUUUAAUAACAACCUGUUGAUUAUCAGAUUUUAAAAUCGUGGAGGAAAUUAAACUGGGAUUGGUUGCUACAUUUAGUCAAAUGAAAUAUGGUUUGAACAAUAUUUUGUAUUCAAUAUAAUUAAUUCAAACAAUCAUACAGGGGUCAGUCUUCAAUAUACAAUAACAAGAUUUUGUAUAUUGCUUAAAUUUAUAGUUUUUAUGUUUGGUUGCGACAUUUAGUCAAAUGAAAUAUGGUUUGAACAAUAUUUUGUAAUCGAUAUAAUUAAUUCAAAGAAUCAUACAGGGGGUCAAUCUUCAGGAUACAACAAAAAGAUUGUGUAUAUCGCUUAAAUUUAUAGUUUUUUUUAUGUUUAAAAAAAACCCUUCAGAUAUUUUAAAUAAUAGGCAUAAUGAUAAAAUUUGUUAGAUUUUUUGGAAAUCAGGGAUAUAGCCAAUGGACAAUAUUCACAAUAAUAAAGAAUAAAAUAUCAAAAGGAUUUCACUUGUCAUGACCAAAUUUGAAGGAAUAUAACUUGGAACAUUAAACUAUAGAUCCCAUUCCAUUGCCCCAUGAUGCCUGAUCUCUUAACUCAAUCUGCAUUAUGUCUUAAGAGAUUGAUGUAUUCGUUUGUUACUGCGAUUUUCAGAAAAAAUUGCGUACAGUUGAAUCACUUAACUUUGAUACAAGAGGGCGAUGAGUUCACGCAAUCGAGAAGCGUUAUGUACUUGGCAAGGUUGGGGACUUUUUGUAUAAAAUGUACUUGAGUUACAUCUUACAAGAUGGAAGUUGGAACAUUAAAUUAUAAUUGUUCCAGGAAAAUAAAUGGAAAAUGUUUCCAAAUGCCCCCAAACUGUGCCAUGUCUACCCCGGACAUGAAGACAAACUGUCAUAAAUUUUUAAAACUCUCCGUUAAAUGUGGUCAUAUAAUUUUGUGCAAUUACCUGUAUAUAAAUUGUAAAAUAAUGUCAAAUAAUUUAAUGAUGACCAUGAUUUUUAGUUUGUUGUUAUAUUGUAAAUAUUUGUUUUAUUGCUUAACAUUAUUUUAUUAUUAAAUAUUGAUUCCGAUCUGGAAAUAUAAACAAAGAGAGUAGAAGCUCUGGUUAAAUAUUGUUACAAUUAUUGAUAACAUAUUACUACAAAUAUUGAUAAAAUAUUGUUACAAUUAUUGAUAAAAUAUUACCACAGUUAUUGAUAACAUAUUGUUACAAUUAUUGGUAAAAUAUUACUACACUUAUUGGUAAAA